AUGCCCCCCACCGCACCCUACACAAUCGGCGUCCUAAUCCAACCCAGCCUCCAACUCCUCGACCUCUCCUCCAUCGACCUCCUCGGCAUGCUCUCAAACACGUACCUCGACACCUGUCCACUCCCAGCCCCCCUCCUCGCCCUGAGCCACAAAAACGUAAAAAUCCACUACAUCUCCUCGCUAGGCUCCAGGGGCCUACAAAAAUGCACCGCCGACGUGGUGAUUCAAUGCACGCAUUCUCUGGACUCGGACGAGGUGGCGCCGGGGAAGCUGGAUGUCCUGAUGAUCCCGGGCCCGGAGCCGAGGUAUGUGCCUAGUGAGGUGGAAAGGGGAUUUAUAAGGGGGCAUUAUGAGUCUAAGCCGGCGAGGGGGAGGGGGACGGUGGUGCUGAGUGUUUGUACGGGAAUUUUUGCUACGGCGUAUGCGGGGAUUUUGGAUGGGGAGGUGGCGACGGGGCCGAGGGGGUUGCUGGGGGAUUUGAGGAAGACGUUUCCGAAGACGAAGUGGGUGGAGAAGAGGUGGGUUGAGAGUGCGGGAGGGAGGAUCUGGAUUAGUGCUGGAAUCACCAACGGCCAUGAUAUGGUCGCGGCGUAUCUGCAUUCGGACCAUGCCAAAGCGCACGGCGUGUCGACGCAGCUUGCAGAUCUGGUGCAGAGGAUGGCGGAUGUUGGGGGUAGAGGGCAGGAGUACGAUAACAGCGGCGCGGGAGAGGGCGUUUGGUGGGUCUGGUUGAUUCUCCGGAGUUUGUGGAAGGGGAAGAACAAAUGA